ACUCAGAUGAAGUUCAACCUUACAUUGAGUAAGUGACUUGCUAAUAUUUUGAGUUACUACUAUCUUCAAUUGAUUUCCAAUUAAAAAAUUACACAAAUCCUUCUAGGGAGCAUUUCGAGACCAUUAAGAAUAAAAUCUCGACAAGUGACCAUGCAUACCAAUGGCGCAUUCAACAAUUACAAGAAAAAGAAUUUCGUCAUUGGUUUCAAUCCUAUGUAAGUGUUUGAUUUGACUUGAACUUCCUUUGCAAAUUGUUUUGAACAAAGUAGUAAUAAUUAAUUGAUAACGAAAUAGGUGCAAGGAAAAAGUGAAUUGUCUGAAGAUCUGAAAGCCUUAGCUUGUUCACCUCAAUUUAGAGUGAAGAAUUUAAAGAGAUUUGAAGUGCAAGGAUUUAUGUUCCGCACAAAAUCAUCUGAAGAGUCUCUUUUAACUCAAAAUAGUGGUGUUUUUGUCAAAGCAAAGACUACUAGUUUCGCAAGCUCAAAGGAUAAAUCUCCGAAAGAAGAAGAUGUAGGGUACUACGGCGUAAUAAAAGACAUCAUUGAACUUUCAUUCGCUGUAGGUACAAAAAAGGUGGUUUUGUUCGAGUGUGAUUGGGCUAAUAUUCGCAUGAAUAAGACGGAUGGUUUGAGAUUUACACUUAUGAACUUAACAAAACCAGAUAUAAAAACAAGUCCUUUUGUUAUGCCAUGUCAAGUAUUGCAAGCAUUCUACGUUGAUGAUCCGCAAGAUAAACCAUGGAUGGUUCCUAUUGUUAUUAAACCAAGGGACAACUUUGCCUUGAGUCCUGAUGAUCCUACUGCACUUGAAGAUGAAUGCUAUGAGAUACUUCCUAUAAACCAUGACAUAAAUAUUAUAGAUGAUAUGGAAGAGUGAGGGAUUAUUUUGUUGAUCAAAUGUUAGUUGAUUGUAAUUUACUUGUAAUAUACUUUUGUUUAUGUGAUCAUUUUAUUUUUUUAUUAUAAUUUACUUGUUAUAUAAAUUAUGUUUAAUAUUUAUUGCCAUAUAUCAUGCAUGUCAUAAGUAUUAUGUUCAUUUUAUUUUUGUCUACGUAUAUCUUAUUUCUUUUCUCAGGCGAGCGAUGUCGGAGGAAGAUAUUUCUGUUGAUCAUAUAGGAACCGAGUCUACAGGUACUGACGUGGUUGAUUUGGAGUUUGACGACAAGGGUAUUCCCGUUGCACCUGGGAGAAACUAUGUGAUCAAUUUCAUUCUAUUUCCACUUCUGGUGUUGAUGGGAAGUCCAAAUCAACCAAAUGCAAGGACUCGCGAAAGAAAGUCUCGACAGACCACCAUUGGGGUCGAACAAGUAUCAAUAGUUGGUCCCACAAUCAUUUUAAAAAAUUGGGCAAAAAUCCUACGGUGUUUGAUACGUAUAAGAAAGCAUAUAUGGGUAUUGAUGUACUGAGGGAAACCGGGCCAAGUAUUAGUGAGGAAGGA